UUCUCUGAAUCCAAACGCUUCGCUCCAGUGCGCUUCAUUACAGCCCAGGGGUUUCAAAGAGGGGGCAAACCCAGCACCCUACAAGACGGAUUCAGUUACACUGCUGUAAAGGGGAGGGAGGAAAAGAGAGAUUGAAUCAAACCAGGUUUUGUAGAGCAAGCCAGUGGAGAAAGACAGUGAGGGGAAGAGGACGAAGGACGGUGAGGGGACAGUGAGUGACUUACUGGGGAGUCCCACCUCCAGGUAGGGAGGGUAGUGUUUACUCCGUGCUCUGUGUCUGGUGAGCUGCAUCUGGGCCUUUACAAGAAACACAACUACAUCAUGUGGACAAUUUCCCAGGUGCCUGAAGACAGCACAAGACCGUUGAAUCCAGGGCAGGCAGUGGUUCCACGACCAGGCCAACACAGAAGGCCCAUGACGGCGACAAAGACUGAGAAGGACAAGGCGUCUAAGAGGAAGAAAGUGUUGUUGACUAUCCUAACAGUUGUGGUGUUGCUAGGCAUACUAGCCACCGCAGUAUUCUUCGUUAAGAAGCUGAUUGACAGCAAAUACUUCUUCUGCAAGCGUGCAUUUAAGUUCAUUCCAUUAGGCAAAGCCUGUGACGGGGUGCAGGACUGUACCGGAGGAGAGGAUGAAUUAACUUGUGUGUCCAGCUUUAAAGUCAAUACAACCUUCCCAGUGCGUCUUACGUCCAGCCGGUUUGUCCUGCAGGUAUAUAGUGCAGGCGCAGGCUGGCGGAGCGUGUGCAGUGAUGACUGGACCCAGCAGCAUACACAGACAGCGUGUAAACAGCUGGGAUACACAAACAACCCUAAAAGUACAAAUGUCCCAGUGAACAAUUUAAUGUCUUCUAUGAAAAAUGGACGAUUCACAGCUGUCAGGCCCUGGACUACGACCACACCUUUACAUCAGGCCACCAUUGACCGCAAUACAUGCCGAUCUGGAGCUGUGGUGUCUUUGUCCUGUUCAGAUUGCGGGUCGGUGGGCACUCAGGACCGUAUUGUCGGGGGUACAGAUGCUUUCAUCGAGGACUGGCCCUGGCAGGUUAGCCUUCAGCAGGGAGGCCAACACACGUGUGGAGGCGCACUGUUGACACCGAGUUGGGUUCUCACAGCUGCCCACUGCUUUACUGGGAGUAAGAAGGAGCUGACUGGCUGGAGAGUGGUGUCAGGCCGGACUUACAUGGGCACUUUGGGAGGUUCCUUUGUGGACAGGAUCAUACUGAAUGGAGACUACGAUUCAGCCCGAAAUGACUAUGACAUUGCAAUGAUGAGACUCAGCAGCCCCAUCAGUGUGGGAGAGGCCCGCAAGCCAGUUUGUCUACCUCCUAAAUCCUUUGGUCUUUCUGCGGGAACGGUCAUGGCCGUGACUGGCUGGGGAUACCUGGAAGAAAAUGGUAAGGUUUCUCCUUCACUUCAGAAGGCCUCUAUCCCUCUGAUAGACCAGGCUAAGUGCUCUAGUCCCACGGUGUAUGGCAGUGCCAUCACCCAAAGAAUGAUCUGUGCUGGCUUCCUGGAGGGGAAAGUGGAUGCCUGCCAGGGUGACAGCGGGGGCCCAUUGGUGUACUUCACCUCUUCUAAGUGGCAUCUAGUAGGAGUGGUGAGCUGGGGUGUUGGGUGUGCUCGGGAGAGAAGGCCAGGUGUCUACUGCAACGUGGAAGAGAUGUUAAACUGGAUUCACACAGUCAUGGAGAAGAACAGCUGAAGUCCUCUGAUCAUGAUGACUCCGGUCCAGUCAACUUCAGACAACUAUGAAACUAAAACAAAGCUUUGGUUUCAUUGUGGUCAACUGAGGAUAGGAGACAGAAGGAGAGAAAUAGGGGGAAAAAAUGAGGAUUGUUCUCAGCUGUAACACAGACUGCCAAACAGUCAAAUGCCAAAAUACAGUACACAUACACAACAGUUCAAACCGACUUAUUGAAGGUGUUCUUCUAGCCAUUUCAGGUCUUUAUCUCAGGGAAGAAGACUAUGUUGCUGGCCAUUCUUGGGUUGUUAAAUAAUUCAUGUGCUCUUAGAUCAGUAAUAGUACUUGAUUGUCUAGUGCCACUGACAAGAGACUACACAGUAAUUACAAACAAAACUGUGCAGAUCUUUAAUCUGACCAGACAUGGAGACCUCAGGCAGUAUGCUUUGUUAGGAUAUUAGUGGAGUGAUAUGAGGGAUCCGCUGAUGAAAUAUCUGACAGCGUUACAGACAUCAUUAAGGCCUCAGGUUUAAACCAAUGCAAGUGAACUUACACAUUUAAGAUGCUGAUUUGCACCUUUUUUUAGCACAAAUAUGGGCUUGCUCCCCUCUCAGCUAAGCACUUUAUGUGGGAAGAAGGAAUUACUUGACUUCAGAUUACAGUUAUGCAUCAUUGUACCUCAAUGCUGACUUAAAGUACAAUUAGAUAUUCAGAAUAGUACAUUUUAAAAAACUUUCAUUUUACCAGAAUGUGAGAAUGGCUGGACAUAAUGAUAUAAAUUUCCCUUCUUAAAAAUGUACAGCAUGUAACAUAAGGUAAAUCGUGUAAAUUUGUACUCUAAGGUUAAAUUGAAUCAUUUCAUUUCAAAGCAUUCAUCCCUUUGUAGCAAAGUAAAACAACAUAGUUUAUCAUUUUAUUCGCUGAGCUCUACACAAAAAUUGGCACUUCUGAGUUAAAGGGUUACAUUAAACAUUUUGUAAUAUACUGUAUAAUAUUAUAGGCUUGUUGCACAUAAAUGAUGUUUUUUUUCAUUUGUUCAAAGUAUGAUGUGUGCUGUGGUGGAUAGCAUUUGUUUGUAUAUUUGGUACAUCUUGUUGAUUUAAUGUAAACUUGUACAUAGGUUGUAAAUGUAAUAAAGACACUUCUUCA